GGGGGAGGGGCGGGGCGCGGAGCAGCUGGACGGUGUAGCGCUGCUCCAAGACCUGGACCGAGCCACCUUCAAGCGCCGAGCCGCCGCCGCCACGGCUGCUGCCACCGCCGCUGCAACCUCCGCCGCCACCACCUCCUCGCACCCGCACCCCCAUAGCAACACUCAUAGCAACCCCCAUGGCGGCAGUCGCAGCAGCCCCGGGCGGCACCCCAGCUGCAGCGGCAUCCCCCUGAGCGGCGGCAGCAGCAGCAGCCGGCGGGGCUCCGGGGCAACCCACAUGCAGAAGGACGACCUGCAAAACAUCAUCUCGCUGGUUUCGGAGCAGCUUCAUGCGGAUAAGGACAUUGCCGUACAGGAGGGCAGCCUGGAGGCGGCCCGUCUAGAGGCGCUGCUGGGCCAGCUAAACCUGGCCGAGCUGCCGCUGCCGGUGGGAACUCACGCCAAGUACGUGCCGGCGGUGGAGGAGGAGCAGGCCUCCUUCGAGGUGCCCGUCUGGUCCCUCCGCGCCAUGCAGCGCCGCCAGACGCAGCGCGAGGCGCAGCUGACCGCCGCCGACCCCGACUUCCGGCGGCUGGGUGCUGCUGGGCGGGAGGCGCUGCGGCAGCACCUGACGCACCGCUCCGUGGUGCAGCAGCAGCACGUCAUUGCGCAGGCGGUGGCGCAGGCGGUCCGCAACGCCCUAGGCUCCUCCUCCACCUCGCCCUCCCCCGCCCGCAAGAGCAGCAUCGCUCACCCUCCCACCACCUACACCCCCACCUCCGCCUCCCCCGGAGCCGUCGCCGCACCAGUCCCCACCACCUCCCCAGCCGCCAUCAGCCCCCCUACCACCGCCUCCACCCCAACCCUCACCUCCACCACCCCCGCCCCCACCUCCGACCCCACCACACCGACCAAGAGCGCCUCUCCACCCCAGCCGUCAACCAACAACAUCAUCCUUGACCAACAACAGCAACCGCAACCGUCACCGAGACCACCACCGCCGCCACCCUUUCCCCCACCACUCCCGCAAUACCACCACCAACAACAACACCAACACCAACACCAACAACAUCAAUGGGCAACAGGCGACGGCAGCGGUGCUGGUGAUGCCGGAGGAGCCCCGCUGCCACCGCCGCCACGUCCCAGCGGCAACGGCGGUGUGGACAGCCCUAGCAGGGGCAGCCCCCCUAGCAGGGGCGGCAGCGGUGCUGCAGUGUACGGCAACCCCGGCAGCGCUCGAGUCCACCGCGGCAGCGGGAGCAACGUGGAGGCAGGGGGCGGCGGGGGCGGAGGCUGCUUCAGGGGCGCCUCGUUAGUGUCAUGUGAGGCGGGCAGCAGUGGGUGGCAGUCCUCCCCCCUCCCCUUCGUGUCCGGCCUGAGCGCCUCCCCCAUCGCCGUCACUUCGGGCAGCGGUCCGCGGUCCCCCGGUGCGCUGUUUGCGACUUUUGAGGCUCAAACCAACAACAACAGCAGCAACAACAACAACAACAAAACCGUUGGCAGUGGCAAUCCUGGCGGCGCAAACCGCAUCUCCUUCACCGGCGAUGGUCUACCACUGCUGCCCGGCUCACCUCCGCUGGCCUCCUCCGUCUCCGCCUCUCUGCCGCUGCCGCCCCCUCAUCAGCCGUCUGGGGUCCGACCCCUCCUCGCGCACAGCGCCUCCACCUCCUCGCUGCUGCUGCGGGGCGCUAGCGGCGGCGUGUGCGGUGACGGAGGGCAGAUGGUGCGACAUGUGGUGGUGGCGGCGCAGCAGCAGCAGCAGCACCAGCAGCAGCACCGGAGGUCGCUGCUGGGGUCAUCCUCCUCGCUGCCACCUCCACCUCCACCUCCACCUCCACCGCAACCACAGCAACAACAGCAACAACAGGUUCAGCAGCAACAUGAUUCGCCUCAACAGGCGCAGCAGCCGCUGCAGCAGCAAGGAGGGUUGUCACAGCCGCAGGGCUCACCGCAGCGGGGGGCCGCCGCGGGCUGGGCGGUACACGGUGCAGGAGGGGACCAGCUGAGCCUGGCUCGCAGAGCAGCCGCCAACCGCGUACUGCUGCAGUCCAAGGCCGCUGCCCGACCCCACUCCGCCUUCUCUCGGGAUGACGACGACGGCGGCGGCGGCGGCCACAGCAGCAGCGGCAGCGGAGGCGCCGAGCAGCUGCACAGCCCCGCCCAGCUGCGAGCGGCGCUGCAGGCGGCCUCGCACGCAACCGCCCCGCCCCGUCCCGCCAGCUCGCCGGGCAGGAGGGAGAGCUGCCCGCCGCCCCCCGCCCCGCCCCCGGUGCCCGUGCACCUGCCCACAAGUCGGCAGUACUCCCGCACGCGGAGUAGCUUGAGUAUGAAUUGUGAGUAGCGGCAGGGAGGGGUAUCGGGGGGAGUGCUGAUGAGCGGCGUGACGGAAAGGGGGAAGGAACCUGGAUGCGAUGGGUGGAAAAAAGGAAACGACUAACUGACUUGUGGAGGUGGGGAUCUCGAGGGGUGUGUCAAGGAGUUGCAUGACUGCAGCGGCGUGUAGGCGUUCCUUCUUAGGCGCUUCGAAUCGCUCUAUGCUACAGAAAUCGCGUUUUCACUUCUUGGGGUUGGGCCCGUGCCGCUCUCGCUGCUACCGUACUUCUUGUACGCCGCCCUGCCACCACGUUCCGAUAACCGCCUGCAUGGUUCACCCCCCUUCCCACCCCACAUGCUCUGUUACCCCAGCCUCGGAAGGCGAUGCCAUCUCUGCGAGCCAUUUGGCGCUGGGCCUGGGUAGCUCACCACGCCGUCCGCAGCCGUCGGGCGGGGAGGGCGGAAUGCCGCACGCCGUGCCCCAGCUGCCCGGGCAAUGCCAUCCAGAGCAAAAGUUACCACCUCGCCAUUCCAUAGAUAUGCCAUCUACACGAUCCGCCAGCCCUGCGGCGCUCAUGUCUUGAGCCUUGAAAUGUAGGCUAAGUUACCUAAAGAGUUUUGUGUUACUGUGAUGGGAAGGGCGGUGUAUGGCUGUAGUGCUUGAGCGAGUGAGUGACCACUGAUGAGACAAUAUCGGGUAUUGCCUCCUUCUCCAUGCUGUAAUUCUGUCUACUUACUGCCGGACAGGCAUCCACUGUUAAGCAGUUGGGUUCCAUAAUGAAGUUAAAUGCAA